AUGGUUACGAAUCUGGUAAUGAGGGACUACAAAUUUGUCAGGGACGUUGUUUAUAAUGUGAGCAUACAGACGUUCAAGGAAACACAAUCCAUCAAAUGGCCUUCCAAAAAGAGUGUCCUUAAUGAGUGUCUAAUGAAAGGCAAAUCGAAGGACGCAUGCCACAAUUUUGUACGAGUGUUAGCUAAGGACGAUCGCUCAUCAGGUGUUUUGGUUUGCGGCACAAAUGCAUUUCAACCAAUGUGUCGACAGUAUGAUCGUGAGAAAUACGGCGAGUAUAGACAAACCGCCGAAUUUUCGGGUCUUGGCAUCGCUCCUUAUGAUCCGAAUUAUAAUUCAACAUUUUUGAGGGAUGGCGACUUUCUGUAUGCUGGCACAGUGUCUGAUUUUUCUGGUGCUGAUCCUCUGAUUCAUCGUCGCAACGUCAGUAAAUUGAUCGAGUUGGGUAUUAGGACUGAACGUAAUGAUGUGAAAUUCCUCAAUGAACCACAAUUUGCAGGGUCGUUCAGAGACGAAAAGUAUGUCUACCUGUGGUUCCAUGAACAAGCAGGUGAAUCUGACAGUUGUAAUCGUGUUAUUUAUUCACGGGUUGCGCGUUUAUGCCGAUCGGACUUGGGUGGGCCCAGGCCAUAUUCAAAUGAGUGGACAUCGUUUAUUAAAGCCCGAUUGAACUGUUCAAUCCCGGGUGAUUAUCCCUUCUAUUUUGAUCAGAUCGAAGCAAUUGCACCACCUGUUUCUGGCCGUUAUUCGGCGAAAGACGAAAAUGCGCAUUUAGUUUAUGCGGUCUUUCGAAGUCCUUUAGCUGGUGUGUCCGCAUCGGCAGUUUGCGCUUUCGAUUUGACGCAAAUAACGAAGGUUUUCGCCAGGUCACCGUAUCAGAAUCAAGCAAAUUCACACACUUCAUGGAGCAGUACGCGUAACACCGCACAACCGAAACACAGACCCGGGACCUGUGUAAAGGACUCACGUACGCUGAGCGAAGAAGCCGUAGCGUAUGCACGAUCGAGUCCUUUAGUUCAAGAGUCCGUACAUAACUAUUUUGGCGCUCCAUUGUCUAUUCAUUCGGGUAUUGAUCAUUUCACGCAAAUCGCUAUCGAUCCACAGGUAUGGGCCUUGGACGGUCGCUUUUACGAUGUUAUAUUUGUUGGCACUGAUCGAGGUAAUGUAUUCAAAUUGGUCAAUCUGGCUGGAGCCGCUGCAAAAACAUUGCAUUCCUCGUUUCAUAUUUAUACAUUGAAAGUUGCGAAUGAGGCUAUUCGAAAUAUGAUGCUUUAUGAGGGUCCACCGUGCAAAUCGUUGGAUUGUGGUGAAUCACCGAACUAUUUGAUAGUGGUUAGUGAUAAACACGUUAUGCGCGUUCCGACGUCUAAAUGCUCAACGUUUGUCACUUGUGUCGAAUGUAUCUCACUUCGAGACCCACAGUGUGCUUGGGAUGCUGAAACUGCUAAAUGUACUUUCGUCGAUCAACAAUUGCAACAUCAGAAAUCAGGCCGUUUUAAACAGGACAUUGUCGAAGGGAGAGGUGAUCAAUUGUGUACGAAUCUGCUCCGUUCGAGAAACUCUUUGAACGAUCAACCUCAUCUCUCGAAGAUAGAUGCUCCAUUAACGUCAUCCUUAACGUCCAAAAGCAAUAAGAAGGAUCAUUACUGUGACUGUGGGGAAAAAAUCCUGCAGGUGUGCGGUGAUGGUUCGGGUCACCGUGGUUCAUCUGGGAUUUCAUCAGAAUCGACAGUAUCCUCACCAUCGCCAUUCAGUACCUUUGUAUUGGUUUGUAUAGCAGUUGGUCUGAUAAGUUUUUUGUUUGGCUUAAUCUCAUCUUUCAUCUAUUCGAAAUUUUUCACUUGGUUGAAAAGCAAACAAACUAGCGCACGCUCGUCGUCCUCACCCGCGCCUCAACCCGUUUAUAACGGUUCAACACUGAUACGCCCAACUGCUCUGGCAAGUGGUCUUAUCAAUGCAUACGAAGCCACCACUCCAACACCAUUAACUACAGCACCUAAAUUCAAUACGUUUGCUCCUCGUCCUCCAUCACCCAUUUCACUGCAGGUCGAAGAAGUGGGAUCGCCUCAGAGUCGCAUGGCGUGGGGAACUUCGACGUUGCCAAAAGAUUACCGGGUCAAACAGAUGUAUUUGUAG